CAGAAUAAAAACAGGAAGUUAAAAAAUUAAAUGCGCGUUGUUCAAGAUCGGAAAUGGCAACCAAAAAGAUUCCCCAAGAGGCGAGAGAACUGCACAAUGAGCUAAUUGCCGACCUUCAUGACAACAUCAACUCAAAGGUUGACGAACACGACUUCGAGAAGCUUAUACAUCGCCUAAAACUGAAAUUAUCCCCGAUUGACCUCAAAGCGUGCCACAACCUGAUAGACGCCACGGACAAAUUACAGAAAAGGGGUCAUUUAGAGCCGGGAAAUUACGGGGAGUUGAUCAAACUGGUUGACUGUAUUGAUAAAAACUGGGUCAAUUUGAUCAGAGAAAAAGGAGAAACCAUUAUUGAAAUUAUUAAUAAAGCGAAUGAACCUCAACCCUCUGUAUCCCCCGAAGAAAGCGAAAGAGCAAAAAAACGACGGUUAGAAAGCGACCAAGAUGGACAACGUUCCAAUGAAAACACCGACGGUCAAGCUCAAAUACUCAAAUCGUCGACAAAAAAAGAGAGAAAGAAAUCAGUUUAUCCAAAAACAAACGACCAAAAAGGACUUGCUCUCAUCUUGAAUUUCACAAAAGGAAGGCCUGGCGCAAAUGCUGAUUUUUGUGGCAUCAAUGAUUUUUUUGAGAAGACAUUGAACUUUGAAUGCCAUGUUGAGACCGACCCAUCCAAAGAAGAGGUGGAGUGUUUCCUGGAAGAAACAGCUUGUCUUUUCAACAACAAAAGGACAGCUGCAAAAUACUACUGUCUUUUAGUAUUCAUUAUGAGUCACGGAAACGAGGAUGGCAUUCGUACGAACGACGGCAAAACUAUUUCACUCGAUGACAUCGUGUCCUAUUUCAAAAAUGAUAAACUGAAGUAUUUUGCAGGUAAACCUAAGUGUUUCUUUAUACAGGCCUGCCGUGGGUCGUCUCCUCAGGGCGUGGUCGAUUUGCCGGAUGAUAAGGAAGAAGUAAUGAUCGACCAAGUGGUAGGGAAAAUAUCCAUUCCCACAGAUGCAGAUCUCUUACUGGCUUACGCAACCACACCAGGGUACUUCGCAUACAGAAGACCUAAUGUUGGAUCUUGGUUUUUCUGCAACCUUUUGGAGAUUUUUAAAGAACAUUAUGUAGAAGAACAUGUUGAGGAUAUGCUGAUAGAUGUGAAAGAGAGGCUGGCUUAUGAUGAAGAGUGGCAGACAAAUGAAGGAUUUAAACAAAUGCCAUGUACAUGGUCCACUCUCACCAAAAGAUUCUUUUUAGCUCCCCAACAACUAGCAGAAUAAAAGAGUGAUCAUUUACAGUAAACAAAAAUUCUACUUAUUCUGUGCAUUUCAUAACUCACGCGAAUGUUUUAUUUUUGAAGAUGUUUUCAAAAGUGUUGAUGUAUAAAUGUGUUAGAAUAAAACUAAUAGAAACAAA